UAGACAGAGGCUCUGGGGGAGCCACUGACCCAGGGGCCCAUCGGGGUCCGGUCGGUGAGGAAAGGAUUGGGGGUUAGUCGUCUGGGGUUCCUGUGGUCCGAGUUCGAGCAUCCGAGGGGUUCGUGAUCCCUGUGAAAAUAGCUGUCUGGGGGGCUGUGAGGAGGUGCAAGAGCGAAGGGCAGGGUGUGCAGCAGCCUGGCGUCCGUGGGAGAGGUGGGUGGGGUUGGCACGCGAGGAGGCCUCAGGUAGACAGACAUUUGGGUGUGAUGAAGCAUUGAAGUAUUAACGUUUCCCAGCUUUUCAUACUGAAUUUUAAGCAUAAAGAGAACUCGAAAGAAUAGCAAAGUGAUCACGAGUAUACCUGCCAUAAAUAGAUCCGUUGUUAAAAAUUAUGCCAUAAACACUGCGCGUGUCACCCAGUGUAUACGUGUUUGCAUGCAAGUGAAAUCAUGUUAGUCCUAGCUUUUUAUGUCCGUUCUGCUACUUGUGUGAUUUGGGGUGAAGUACCAAGUUCUAUCUAUAAUUCGCAUUUUUCCCAGACAAAUUGGUAUCUACCUCACAGAGGUACUCCUGAGGGCCCUACCUUCAUGACCUCAUCAAACCUAAUUAUCUCCCAAAGGCCCUGUGUCCAAAUACACAACUAAACCUGGGUUUGGGGGUGUGAAUUUUUUUUUUUUAAUUUUUUUAAGUAGGUUCCCCGCCCUAGGUAGGGCUUGAACUCACAACCCGGGACCCUGAGAUCAAGCGUGGCAUGCUCUACUGACUGAGUCAGCCAGGCGCCACCUAGAGGACAUAAAUAUUAAGUCCAUAACAGAUGCUGCCUUCCCAGAAUGAGGCACCUCCUAUAAAGGAAAAAAAGUAGAUCUCGAGUCUAGAAAUUCAUCCUGAGGAUACUCUUGACACUGGAGACACCUGAAUGCUGAAAAUGACCAAGUCCCAGGGCUUAUUGUCAUUCAGUGAUGUGGCUGUGGAUUUCACCUGGGAAGAAUGGGAGCUGCUAGAUACUGUUCAGAAGAACCUCUACCGGGAUGUGAUGUUGGAAAAUUACAGCAACCUAAUGUCAGUGGGUUAUCACGCUCCCUGGCCAGAAGCAAUGGUUCACGUGGAGAAAGGAGUGCAAGGACUGGUAGAGAGAGAAUUCCCAAGUUCGUGUGGUCCAGAAAGACCCCUUCAGUGUUUCUCAAGAGGAAUACGUUUGAAACAAUAUUCAGAUUCAAAACUUCAGAAUAAAAAUUCUGCAGAAAUGAAUUCCAAUGAAUUAAGUGGCCAUGGGAAAUCAUUUUUCCAUACCCUACAUGAAACCUGCCAUACUUCAGCCCAGUACAGUGAACAUAAUUUCUGUGUGAAGACUUUCAGCACGGUGAAAAAUCUCAAAAGACAUCACAGAAUUCACACAGAAGGAAAACCUUAUGAAUGCAGUGAAUGUCCCAAAUCCUUCAGGUAUAAGUCAAAGCUCAUAAUCCACCAGAGAACUCACACAGGAGAGAAGCCGUACAGAUGCCCUGAAUGUCAGAAAGCUUUCAGUACAAAAUGUCAUCUGACUCUGCACCAGAGAACUCAUACAGGAGAGAAACCGUAUGGAUGUUUUGAGUGUCCAAAGUCUUUCAGAACGAAGUAUCAUCUCAUUUUACACCACAGGACUCACACGGGAGAGAAACCCUACGAAUGCAAAGAGUGUGGCAAAGCCUACAGAGAGAAGACAAAGCUCAGGUUGCAUUACCGCACACACACAGGAGAGAAACCUUUUGAGUGUAGUGACUGUGGGAAAGGUUUCAUGCAGAAGUCAAACCUACUUAUCCAUCAAAGAACUCAUACAGGAGACAGACCCUAUGCAUGUAAAGAAUGUGAAAAGACCUUCUGCAGUAAGUCUCAGCUUGUUGUUCACCAGCGAACUCACACACGAGAAAAACCGUACGAAUGCAAGGAAUGUGGGAAAGCCUUCAGUAAAAACUCACAUCUCCUGACACAUCAGAGAACUCAUAUAGGAGAGAAGCCUUAUGAAUGCAAUGAGUGUGGAAAAGCUUUCGUACACACAUCACAGCUCAUUGUACAUCAGAGAAAUCAUACAGGAAGAAAACCUUAUGAGUGCAAGGAAUGUGGGAAAGCCUUCAAUAAAAAGUCACACUUGAUAACACAUCAGAGAAUCCAUACGGGAGAGAAGCCUUAUGAAUGCAGUGAAUGUGGAAAAGCAUUUAUAGACAACUCCCAGCUUAUCGUUCAUCGAAGAACUCACACAGGAGAGAAACCUUAUGAGUGCAAGGAAUGUGGGAAAGCCUUCAAUAAAAAGUCAUCCCUCAUAACACAUCAGAGAAUUCAUACAGGAGAGAAGCCUUAUGAAUGCGGUGAGUGUGGAAAAGCCUUCAUAGACAAGUCACAUCUCAUUGUCCAUCAGCGAACUCAUACAGGAGAGAAACCCUAUGAAUGCGGUGACUGCGGAAAAGCCUUCAUACGAAAGGCAAUGCUCAUUGUCCAUCACAGAACGCAUACAGGAGAGAAACCCUUUGUAUGUCUCGAAUGCCAGAAAGCCUUUAGCAGUAUGGCAAUGCUCAGUAGACAUCAGUUGAUUCACACGGGAGAGAAACCCCACGGAUGCAAUGAAUGUGGAAAAGCUUUCCGCCAAAAAAGCCAUCUUAUUAUCCAUCAACGGUGCCAUACUGGAGAGAAACCCUAUGGGUGUGUUCCAUGCGGUCAGAUCUUCAACCAGAAGUCACAGCUCAUUAGACACCAGAGACGCCACACAGGAGAGAAACCGUAUCAGUGCACUCAAUGUGGGAAAGCCUUUUUUGAGAAAUCAUACCUCAGUGUUCAUCAGAGAAGUCACGUGGGACAGAAACCUUAUCACUGUAAUGAGUGUGGGAAAACAUUCUCUGUCAAGUUCUUUCUCACUUCACAUGAGGAAAUUCACACAGGAAAGAAAUCUCGGGAACACAGCGCUGGAAAGACUUUAGUGAAGGGCCAGAUCUCACGGAAUACAAAAGAAUCCACACAAAGGACACCCUCUGAAUGCAGGGAACGUUAGGAUAAUUUUGGUCUUUGUCAGUUCCAGAAAACUUAUCCAGGAGGGACCUUUUAAAUGCAGUGAAUAUAGGAAAACCAUCUACCACCACUGUAGCCUAAUUUCAUUAGGGAAAGGCCUAGAAAUGAGGUGAAAAGUCAACAUCUUUUUUUGAGAGGAGAAAUCCCAUUAUACGUUACACAGAAAUAAAACCUGGCCGCAACAGAUGUGUUUGAGGGGCCAUCAUAUAAUAGUUUUCACUGAGGGGGAAGAAAAAAACUCGUAAAUGUUGGGAAUCCUGGAACACCUUCCAAACAAAUGAGCUUUCACACCAAAGAAGAUAGCUGACUGAAGACUUGUGAUAAGAGAUGCUUCUGGCAUGAAGUCCGAAACUUACUGUGCAUCAGAUAAUACUUAUUAAGGAGAGUUAGUGUAAUGUAAUGACGCUGGGCCAGUUGCUUACAUAUAAACUUUAUAAUAGAAAUUCUGUUCCUGUCACAUUACCAUUUAUUUAUAAAAAAUACAACAUGAAGUAGUCAAGAAGAGCAAAUAACUGCAGUAUGCUAAAAGACAGUUUUGUUUCAUGUUUGAAUAUAUGGAAUAGUCAAAGCAGUAAAUUAAGAAAGGUCCAAGAUGUAUGUGAUUUUAUGUCCAGAGGAUUUUUGUAGCACAUGUAUGUCCUGAGUUUCAGGUUUCAUAAGAUCAUGAAAGAAAAUCGUCUACCAUAAAAUUCUUGUUUGUAGGUGUAGAAUCCAUCAAGAAAUGCCAGCAUUGUAAAUUUUUAUAUAUCUUAUAAAUUGCAAGGGAAGUAAUUAGGUUUAAAACUAAACAAGACUUAAAAAAAAAAACUUGGCUGGUAUGUGUAAACGGAUCUGGUAAUACUUUUUAGCCAUUUGGGAUAAUAUUCUUUUUUAACACAAAUUGUCUUCUGCCACUCUGAUUUAAUUGAUUUAAAUAUAUCAAUACGUGUGGUGUAAAAGUUAAAUAAGUCUAUAGAAUAAACAAGGUCCCUUUUCACCAUUUCCCCAAAUCCUCCCUUUUCUUUUCCAUUAUUAUUUUUUUUAAUGUUUAUUUGAGAGAGAGAGAGUGUGUGUGCGCAUGAGCAGGGGAGGGGCAGAGAGAGAGAGUGAGAGAGUAGGAGAAAGAGAAUCCCAGUCAGGCUCCACACUGUCAGUGCAGAGUCCAAUGCUGGGCUCAAUCUCCCGAACCAUGAGAUCAGGAGCCAAAAUUCAGAGUCGGAAGCUUAACUGACUGAGCCACCCAGGUGCCCCCCAAAAUACUGAGAUUUAAGAGUGAU